GUUUGAGAUUUAGAACAUUUUUCAGGAGUUCACCAUAAACCUUGAUUAUGAGAGGAAUAUUCUUGUUAGUUCUACUUUUCACCGCUGCUACUGCAGCACCAGCCGCGUCUGAGUCUGCCAGCCAAAUUGUGAGGAACAUAGUCAGUUUGUUUGUUGAACCAGACAAUGAGGAGGCACCGUACACUGUAGAACAAACAUUUGAUGAAAUUGAGAAGCGUGUGUACCCGGCUAGAAAAUGGGCGUGUACUGGAGAACAGGUGGAGCAGGAUUCAGAUGAUAAUGGGAGAAUGUUCUGGAAAUUGUUUAACUAUAUCCAGGUAAAGGAUAAUGGGAGAAAGUUCUGGAAAUUUUUCAACUAUAUCCAGGGCGCGAAUACUGACGAGAGAAAAAUGGCGAUGACUGUUCCUGUCGCAACAUCAGUUGCUAUAAACGGCGAGGUAUUUUAGGGUCGGAUAUGAUGCACCCUUUAAUUGGUGGAACAGAAGAAACGAAAUCUGGUAUGUCGCUGCUUAAUCUUUAUCUGGUAUCUGUAGAAUCUGGUAUUUGACCGAAAAAUCUGGUAUCUGACUUCAGGAUCUAGUAUCUUACUCGAAAACAUGGUAUCUAACUCCAGAAUCUGGUAUCUCACUCAAGAAUUUAUUAAUCUACUUCAAAAUCUGGUAAAUUAAUCCUGGAAUAAGGUAUUCGAAUACAGAAUAGGGUAUCUUCCUUCAGAGUCUGGUAUCUGACUCCAGAAUAGGAUAUCUUACUUCAAAAUGUAGUAUCUGACUCCAGAAUCUGGUAUCUGACUCCUGAAUUUUGCAUCUGACUUCAGAAUCUGGUAUCUGACUCCUGAAUCAAGUAUCUGACUUCAGAAUCUGGUGUCUGACUUUGGAAUAUAGUAUCUGCCUUCAGAACUGGAUUUUGACUUAAGAAUCUGGUAUCUGACUCCAGAAUAGGGUAUCUGACUUUAGGAUCUGGUAUAUGAGUCCUGAAUCAAGUGUCUGACCUCGGAAUCUGGUAUAUGACUCCCGAAUCUAUAGCAUCCGACUUCAAAAUUUGGCAUCUGACUUCUGAAUAUUAUAGUAUCUGCCUUCAAAAUCUGGUAUCUGACUUCUGAAUAUUAUAGUAUCUACAUUCAAAAUCUGGUAUCUGACUUCUGAAUAUUAUAGUAUCUGCCUUUAAAAUCUGGUUUAUGACUAAAGAAUCUGGUAUCAUGCUGCGGAAACCGGUUUCUCGAUUUUAUAAAAUCUAAAAGACAAACUUCUGUCUAGAUAUCGAUUUACAUUGUUUUUUUUACAUAAAAUUACUGCUCUUUUAUCUUGAUGAAAAAAUAAAAAAAUAAUUCCAAGAUUAAAUUAAGAUUAAGUGCAUUAAAAUAUAAUGAAAAAAUUACUGUAAACAAUUUUUAUGUAUAAAGAUGUUAUAAAGAAUAAUGAUUAUGUUUUGUAUAA